AUGGAGAAAGUACCAUCCACCCCCGUUCCAGUGUAUGAGCAACAGCCUCAAUUUUACCAACCGCAGCCAAUUGCUCCUCCAAAUGCACACGUCCAAUCUCCAGUACAUGAUCCGAACAUGAUGGCCGCACCACAGCCAUAUGUCCAUCCCGCCGGCGGUCAUCCAAGCGGAUACAACGCUGCAACUCCAUUGCAUGCUUUACAACGCGGUCCUACCCCAGUUGAUUGCCCGAUCUGCGGCGUCCGUGAGAUGACCAGAACAGAGGCAGAGUCAGGAAACACAACACAUGGAUGGGCUGCGGUGAUUUGCUGCUGUUUCUGUCUGGGAUGUAUCCCAUACCUGAUGUCCUCUCUGAAAGACUACAAUCAUUACUGCGAGCAACUCGAAAGAACGGUCGGGGCGCUAUUAGAACGCUUGGGAGAGGACUCGUCCAGUAUCAUGCCUUCGCGCGAGCGCCCUGAUAAUUCAGGACAUUUCUCGCAAAAAAGUGCAGCGAGUACAACGGCCAAGCCAGACUACCCGUCGGCUCCACCUGUCAUGGUCAUCCGUGAUCUAGCAUCGGACGUCGGAGUAAAAUCACCAGAUGCCAGCUCAAAUGAAUCAGUACUAGAUGGUCUUAUAUCAACCGACCUGGCAAUCGAUCUCAUGACCAUCUUCCUAGAGCAUUACGGUCGAUGGGUUCUGUUCGAUCCAGAAAGUGAUCCCAAGGCCUUACUUGGCAAGGUUAAUCGAUCGCCACUUCUAUUCUCCGCUUGCUGCUUAAUCGCUGUCCGACAUACAACCGAGAGCCUGGCGACUACUCUGGCCCCGAAGCUCUACCAAAGCGCUCGGUCCUUGAUCUCAACUGCGUUACUUGUCUCCCCGCAGCCGAUUGAGUUCUUCCAGGCUGCCAUUGUCCUUUCGUUAUGGUCUACGACGGUGGGCCAAGUUCCGCUGAGCAUCGAUAGUUGGCUUCUAAGCGGAUUCGCCUUGCAGCAUUGUCAAUCCAGCCCUUUGUUCGAUGCAGUCAACACAACUAACCCACACGCGGAACUCAUGAAAACGGUCCUUGACAAUUGGUGUAUUUGGAACCAUCUCUGCCUUGCACAUCUGCAGUAUUGCGUCGGUACAAGCAGAAAGUCCAUGAUACACGCCUCUCAGAUACCGAGAUGUCGAGCGAUAGUAGGCUCCGACCAUGCUACGAACUAUGAACUGCGAAUGGUAGCCGAAAUACAUCUCUAUUGGACACUAUACGAGCGUACGUCAAGCGAAUCAAUAGACCUCUUAAAGUCCAUAGCCAGUCUCCAGGACUGGAAGAAAGAAUGGCAAUUUAUCCUUGAGCAACCUCGCGCCCAAUUCCUACUAAUGGGUUUCCAUUUUGCUCACCUCCUCCUAUACGAUCAAUGCCUCAAAUGCAAGACCGCACGAGCCCGCGAAUCAGUCAUUUCCGAAAUGAUCCGUCAUUCAACAGCAAUCAUUCGCCUUGCUAUGGACACGACAGACGACCGUACGCGCCAUUUAACUGACCACAUCUACCACAUGAUCACGUUCGCUGCAAUUAUCAUAUGCAGGUUGCUAAACGCGUACGAGGAGCAACUAGUACAAAUAUAUAACCUAGACGAACUAGACUCACUGAUACUCAGCCUCAUACACUGGAUGCAAACAAUCGGUCUUCCCUGCCACGCAGCGUAUACACUCGGUCAUGUCAUUGGGAAGGUUCAUCAGAAAUUGCGUCCAGCGGUUGUGUCACAGCCCCUUCCUCCCGAGCAAAGUGAAAUUUUCUUCGGACAGGAUUUGGCAAGCUAUUUCCCCGAGUUCCUCGGUGUUGAGACAACGGAGGACGGGAAUUGGGAUUUGUUGCCUAGUUGGGGAUUUUCAAGCCCUCCAUAA